UGUGUGUGUGUCAGGAUGAGCGUUCCCAUGUUGAAGAUCGGUGCCGUGCUCAGCACCAUGGCCAUGGUCACUAACUGGAUGUCCCAGACUCUGCCUUCACUGGUCGGACUCAACGGAACCGUCGUCUCUCCGGACGGCACACACGAGCGGAUCGUCAGUGGUUUGUACCCGGGUUCAGACGACGGCUGGCAGGUCUACAGCACCGCCUCGGACCCUGACGGCAGGUGUGUCUGUACGGUGGUCGCCCCCGCCAGAAACCUCUGCAAACGAGACCCUCGGAGUCGGCAGCUGCGUGUGCUGACUGAACAGGUUCAGAAUGUGAGUCAGUCCAUGGAGGUGGUGGACCUGAGGACGUCCAGAGACCUCCAGUACGUCAGAGACUCUGAGCCGCUGCUGAGAGGAGUGGACGGACGUUUACACACUUAUGUGGCCAGUCCUCGCUCCCUGACCACCAGGGGUCUGCAGGAGUUAAAGGGCCAGAUGUCUCACUUACGCCCCCUUCUGUCCGUGGUGGAGCAGUACAGAUUGGACCUGCAGACGCUGGCUGCUCUGAGACUGGAGCUCCUCAACCUGUCAAUCAUCCUGACAGCCAUUCAGGAGGAGGUUGGAGCCUACGACUACGAGGAGCUGCAGCAGAGGGUUCUGCUGCUGGAAACCAGGCUGCACAGCUGCAUGAACAAGCUGGGUUGUGGUCGUCUGACUGCAGUGAGUGGCCCAAUCACCGUGAGAGCCUCGGGGUCCAGGUUUGGCUCCUGGAUGACUGAUGCCAUGAUCCCCAGCUCCGACAGCAGGGUGUGGUCCAUGGACGGCUACUACAAGGGCAGGCGGGUGUUGGAGUACAGGACCAUGGGAGAUUUUACCAAGGGCCAGAACUUUGUGCAGCACCUGUUACCACAUCCCUGGGCCGGAACGGGUCACGUGGUCUACAACGGUUCCCUCUACUACAACAAGCACCAGAGCAACAUCCUGGUUCAGUACCAUUUCCGUUCCCGCAGUGUGCUGCUCCAGCGCAGCCUCAGUGGAGCAGGGUACAACAACACCUUCCCCUACAGCUGGGGGGGGUCGUCUGACAUCGACCUAAUGGCUGAUGAGACGGGACUCUGGGCCGUCUACACCACCAUUCCAAAUGCUGGGAACAUUAUGGUCAGCCGUCUUGACCCUCGGACACUGGACGUGCUGCAGAGCUGGGACACUGGUUUUCCGAAGCGCAGCGCAGGAGAGGCGUUCAUGAUCUGCGGCACUCUCUACGUCACCAACUCCCACCUGGCCGGGGCCAAGGUCCAUUUUGCGUACCACACCAACACGUCCACGUACGAGUACACCGACAUCCCCUUCCACAACCAGUACUCCCACAUCAGCAUGAUGGACUACAACCCCAGAGAGAGGGCGCUGUACACAUGGAACAACGGGCACCAGGUGUUGUACAACGUCACACUGUUUCACGUCAUCCGGAGCGACGGGUAGUUCAGCGUCACAAAAUAUUCUAUAAAAGGAAAGAAUUGUUUGUAGACAAGUCCCGCAUCCCAUAAACAUCUGCACACAACGGUGGUGAAUGUCAGAGGUCAAAUCAGCAGCAGCAGCAGCAGCAGCAGGGUGGAGCUGAUCGUCUCCUCUGAUCCAUAUCAUGUUACAUUUCAUCCCACGUUUGUCUCAACAUCUGAUUAUAGACGUUGAGGUCAAAUUGUCCAAGAAAAAUAAAAAGAACGUGGGCUCGUGACCUGAAUUUGACCUGGUAUCAAAGAGGACGCGACCCUGGAGAAGACCUUCUGGGUUUGUCAUGUGAUUGUGGAAAUGUUCAGUAAGCAUGGUUGUUUAUUCAAUAAAACUGUCCAAACCUAA